ACGACGCGCGGGCCAGCUGUGGCUCUCUCUCCCCUGAAUCCGAGGACCGUUCCCCGCGAACAGGCCCAUUUUGCCUCGGAUACCUGCCACCAGGUGGCUCCACCAGCAGUACCCAGCAGCGGCGGGCAGGGGCAGUCUUCGGGGCGCUUUCGCACCGCCAGCAUCGCGUGCGCGUAUCCUCUUUAGCGGUUACCGUUCGAGUACACCGUAUCGGGGGAACGACCGUUUCGGAGUUUGUCGUCGAAAACAUGUGACGCGCCGCCCGAGAUCCCAUCAAGAGUGUUUUGCGCUGGAGAAACAGGAGCACCGGAAGGACACCGGCGUGAUUCGACGAUUGCAUCAAUAUCAGUUUGGAACCAUCAAAUCGAAAAUCACCGAUCGCCUUGCCAAUGAUAUCGGCGGGAUACGGGAGACACGCGUUCCAGAGGUUAAUCCGGGACGACUCGAACGGUGGUGGAGGAUGCAGCAGCAACAGCAGCAGCAGCAGCAGCAAGAAGAACGGCAGCAGCAGGAACAGGAACAACGGAGACUCGUAAUGGUACCGUCGUCAUCAACCUCGUCCCCGUCGUCGUCGUCCUCGUCGGCCACGCUCGCGACGGAUCCGCGCGAGGCCGAUGAGCACGUCACGGAAAUCGACGGGCUCGCAGCCGGCUGUGAGCUGCCCAAUCUCGCGCUCCAGAGUGUCGCCCUGCGGCUCCAGAGCGUCGCCCUCCUCUCCGCGCUGCAGCGUGCGGCUCUCCUGCCGCCAGGACACGCCGCUGCGGCCGCCCUGAAUCUCCAGGCGUUAGAGACGUACCUGACACUUCAUCGUCUUCACGCGAGCGGCGCGACUUCCGCGGCGACGGCCAUCAAUCAAAGGUGUUCGUCGUCGUCGAAUAUCUUGACCUCGACGACGACAACAACAACAACAACAACAACUGUCAAAGACGACGCGCCGACGGUUGAUCAGCUGCUCCGCGCGGCCGAGGACGACGAGGCACGGCUGGAGUUUGUAACCGACGAUAAUCUCGCGCUGGCCCUGCUAUCCCCGGAAUUCCUGUCAAACGAGACAUCCGGAACAAGUGGCUCCUCGUCCGGGCAUCACGAGCUGCUCCUACGACGAAUAUCCGAGGGAAAUAAUCGCGCGAGCCCAUCGUCGACGACGGCAGCGCCGUCGGUCCCGCGAUCCUCGUCCACGAGCAUCCUCCCGCCGUCGUCCUCCUCGGUCUCCUCUGGCUGCUCCUCCUCCUCGUCCUCGUCCUCUUCCUCUUCAUCCGCGCAACACGCCUCGAUCGUGGUGGACUCGAGUGUACCAAGGACUUGCCGGACGUCCAGGCCCAAGAAACAGUUUAUUUGUAAAUUCUGCAGCCGACAGUUCACCAAAAGCUACAAUCUGCUGAUCCACGAGAGGACGCACACCGACGAGCGACCGUACUCGUGUGACAUAUGCGGCAAGGCCUUCCGACGGCAGGAUCAUCUCAGAGAUCACAGGUAUAUCCACAGCAAAGAGAAACCGUUCAAAUGCACCGAGUGCGGCAAAGGAUUCUGUCAGAGCAGGACGCUGGCUGUCCACAAGAUUUUGCACAUGGAGGAAUCGCCGCACAAGUGCCCCGUCUGUGCCAGGAGCUUCAAUCAGAGGAGCAACCUCAAGACUCAUCUUCUCACGCACACGGACAUUAAGCCGUAUCAUUGCGCCUCCUGCGGCAAGGUCUUUCGCAGGAAUUGCGAUCUGAGGAGGCACUCGUUGACCCAUAAUCUCGGAGUACCGUCGUCGCCGCCGUCGGACAUACCCGUUUCCGGUUCGAGCACCAUUGUCCUUCAGGAGACGUCUUAGUGUCGACCCGUUUUUUUUUUUCUUUCGACAGAUUUCGAUCUCCUCUGUUCAUAUAAUGACGAGUUUCGCACCUGUAUCUACCUACCUUGUACUUAUCUAUCGUUAACGUUUAGAACGUAAUUAUUGUUAUGUAUGUAUAUUACGAUAAGUGGUAUAUCGUAUAUGGAGAUUCGUGCACGUUUAGAUCUGUAAUUGUUCUAUGUUAUGCGAUAGUCUCUGAUAACAUAUAGCCGAGAGUGGAAUCUCUCUCUUUUUCUUAAACUGUGUACCUAUCCCGUACGUGUCCGUGUGUUCUGUCUGUACGUGUGUGUAAAAUAAACAUUUUUAUUAUUAUUUUUUAACUCAGAGUCUCGUCUAAAUCCCUUCAUUUAUUCUCUUCGCGAAACCGAUUGAUGAACGAAUCGAAUUGCUCAAUUUUGAGUACUCAGUUUCCAUAAAUGAAAUUUUAUAUAUUUGAGAUUUCCUAUCCACAUUUUACUCUGAUUUAAAAAAAAAAUGAGAAGUUCAUUUUAAGGAUGUUGCCAGACGUGAUAGUAUCGAUUGCAUUUAUUUUCAUUAUUUUCAUCAGAGUAUUAGCACGCGUUCAAUUUAAUACGCGUGAAUAAAGUAUUGGUCUAUCUUUAUGUACAAAACCGCGAAAUGUUUUUUUCAACCAGUUAAGUCCUCUCUAUGUGUCUCUCUUAGAUGUGUAAAUUAGGUGUUAUAUAGUAUUGCCACACGGGCUUACUCGAACGAGAAUAUGCCUUGGCCCGACCGA